CUAACCUUCAUGAUGGAGCAGCUGACGUGAUAUCAGCUCCAUGAAAGCAUUGAGUAAAAUUAAUGCAUUUGCAAAUUGAGAAGCUGCCCUUGCAUGAUGGCGGAUGAAUGUGUCCGUGGGGCAGACCGCAUCAUGAAUAAACCCCACCGACGGUGAAGCGUCCAGAGCUUCAGUCAGGAAAAGCGACGAGAAAUUCACCGAAAUCAACCCGGGAACUCUGUUUCUGGAAAAAAUGCCCCGGAAAGAGCCGCUCGUUUCGUCAUUUUGAGAUACGGAUGGGAGGAUUUCUCCGUUCCCAGAAAUUUUCUCCGCAUGCCCGCAUCAUUUUGGGAGAACUUAGUCUUGUUUGGCUGAUUUCAAGAAAAGGAGUCGGGGAGGGAGAGAAGAUUUAAAGACGGCGCUUGAGUUCUUGCAGCUCUGCAUCAGGAGUUGAUUUAGCAGAUCUUGAGUCAUGAGCUGUCAGGAGGUUCCCAACCCCGGUCAGGAGCCGAAGGAGUCGGCCGUGGCCUCCACAGAGUCGGGGAACACGCAGGCGGUACCCACAACCUCUCCGAAACCUCCGUCGGUUGCAGUGAAGACAGAGGUGGCGUCACCCGGCGAUUCCGUGGCCAGCAACGGCAAAGCGAGUGACGGCAACAUGCCGGCUGAGAUCUGUGUGGUUUUAGGGAACUCUCGCAACUCACAAACGCAAGGUUCUUACGUUUGCGGAGUAUGUGGGAAAAAAUACAAGUACUAUAACUGCUUUCAGACACACGUCCGAGCCCACACAGAGUCAGAAGGUGCCACCUCAGGUGAAGGAGCAUCAAUAGGAAUCAAUAGUUCUUUCCGCUAUACGUGUGAUGUUUGUGGGAAAAAAUACAAGUAUUACAGCUGUUUUCAGGAGCACAGAGAUCUCCACGCAGUUGAUGAUCCAUAUGAUCAUGUGAUUCCUGUGGAAGAUCUGAAAGAGGAACCGGAAUCAUUCCAAAAGAUGGGACCAAAAACCGGAAGUUACACAUGCGAGUAUUGUGGAAAACAGUAUAAAUACUUCAACCCGUACCAGGAACAUGUGGCUCUUCACGCUCCUAUGAAAGGUCCUUUUAGCCUUAAAAUGGAAGGGAAGUUAUCCAGCCCGCCUGCUCAGUCCAGUCGUGCAGACAUCAACAAUUCUCAGAACUCCAGUGAUACUCCAAACAGCCGCGCCUACAGUUCACUACCCAGUCCUCAAAAAACCUUCACGUGUGGAGCCUGUGGAAUUCAGUUCCAGUUCUACAACAACCUGCUGGAGCACAUGCAGUCCCACGCUGCCGAUAAUGAGAACCACGUCAAAGGAGAGUCUCCUAAACCCUCCCAGGCCUCCGCAGUCACACAGGAGCAGGUUUGGAAAUCUCCUCAGCCGGCACAGCCCAGGAAUCACGUCCCUUCAUUCCAAAACCGAUUAUUCCCAGAAAAAGAGAGGCAACAGGUGGCAGAACGUUUGCUGAGAGUGAUGUGCGUGGACCUUGGACUCCUUGGUGUUCUUAGCAGUAAGGACUUCCUCAAACUGGCUCAGACCCUGGUGGAUACCGGAUCACGUAACGGUGCCUACUCCAUCCGUGAGGCCUUGGGAGAUAUGAGCUCGCUGGCUCUCAAGCAGCUUCCCCGUAUGUACAAUCAGGUCAAAGUGAAAGUCACCUGUGCCCUUGGUUCCAACUCUUCCCAGGGCAUCGCAGUAACCUGUCAUUCACAGACUAUAGGACCCGACUGCUGCUAUUUGCUAACGGCGUAUCAAGUCGAGGGCGUACGACUCAAACGCUACGUGCUGGGACUGAAAGAGGCCUCUCUGCGGGAAGGUCCCGAGCAGAUCCAUCACUGGGUCCAGAAUGUUCUGUCGGAGUUCGUCAUGUCGGAAAUUCGCACGGUCUACGUGACGGAACCACGCUUGUCUUCGUUGGCCUUUUGCGGUCGCAGCGGACUGAGUCUCCGUUGCGCGUCUUGCUCUCUGAGUGCCACGGUUCAGGCCGUCCUUGGCCGCCGCAGCCUGCAGGCACGUGGGCUCCACGAACUAGGCGAGCUUCUGGCCACGUGCCGCGACAUUGCCGCAUCGACCAGUUUCAGUCACGAAGGGAAAUCUGCAGAGGAACCGUUCGCUCCACCCUGCUGGGAUCCGAUUGCAGAGGCGCUGCUCAAGGUUCACGAGAACUUUGAGGCCACCUGCGAAGCAUACGGCCGGUCCAAGAGCACGGUGCCGCUCCUGCAGGGACUCAACAAGCACCUCCUCGGCACGCUCGCUUGUUUGCUCGCACCGUUAAGACAGGCAGCGCUGGAGCUCGGUGUGGAACGCUGCCCCACACUGCAGCUCGUAUUCCCCGUCUACCUCCGUCUCGAAAAACUUUUCACCUCCAAAGCUGGCGAGGCCGGUGCCGGCAGUAAGCUGUGCCACUACUUCCUCGAGGCCCUGAAGGAGAACUUCAAAGUAGAGCGCGUCCAUCAAGUCGCAAUGAUCCUGGACCCUCAAAUGAAGCUUCGCCCAGUCCCGGCGUAUCAACACGAGGACAUUAUCUCGCGAGUGUGCGACAUGGCCGCUAACAUGAGGGAAGCUGGAAGCGGCGGAUCCGGAGGGGCGGCCGUGGACGAGCGGGAUGCAGACGGACCUUUGGCGCCCAAGCGCGGCCGUGUGGAUUGUGGGUUAGAGAGGGCGUCGUGCAGCCCCGAAGAGCCUCAGGUACGAAAAGAACUGUUCCAGUACCUCGGUGAACCACUGUUUAAUGGCACAGGUGACCUGUUACAGUACUGGGGUUCGGUGAUGGACAGGUACCCCAGACUGUCGAAGUUGGCCUUGUGGUUGCUGGCCGUACCCGCUGUAGCUGUGCACGGAGAAUGCGUGAACAUCUGCGAGCAAGCUUUAGCCAUGAAGAGAAAGCAGCAGGUCAAUGCGGAGGAGAUGAAUAAACUGGUCUUCCUCAAGAGCAACUUUGCUUGAGGUGGCUCAGGGCUUAUGGCACCAUAGACUGUUUUAAACCAGAUGCAUCACUUCACACCUUCCAAAAAACCACAAGAGUCGAACGAUGGGUGCGUGAUAGACGUUUACAAAGAAAACAUACACUGACAAUUCAUCAACAAAUGCCAAUUGAGACGAACUUGGGAACACGAUGAAAAAGCGCUCUGCCCCACAGAUGCAAACCUCUGACUUUAACGUCUCAGUUGAACAACCACAUAGAUGAAAUAAAAUCGAUAGUUUGCGUGCCAUCCAUCCGUCAUGUCUUUCUGUGGAACGUUUCCGGAUUUGAGCCGGUGGAUUGUUUAUGUCCAUGACGACCGUGGUCAAACUGGGGUACUUGGUUAAAGCCAUUUGUUGUUUGUUUUUCUUUUGCAAUUACGCCUUUACGAAAAUCACAAAGACACUCUUUGCUGUGACAGCUCGAAUACCUCUCGUCAGCGGUUUAGCAGUGGGCAGAUGAAAGUCUGAGAUGGACCACUCGCACCUCUGAUCCAGUGAUCUCAGUUAAUCGGUUAACUAAGUUAAUCUCCGUCAGCGUGUUAAACGGCCAGCAGAACUCACAUGCUUUCUAAUAAUUUAUGAAUUGUUUUGUCAGUUUUCACGAUAGUGUCGCAAUAACAUGUUCAGUAGCACAGGUUCAACUUUCAAGAAUAAUGCCUUGCACCUUUGUAGCAGCCGUUGGUUUUAUUUAUUACAAUACUGCCUGCAAUACCUACAACAGCCACUUGGACCCCAAAGGUUUCGUUUCGCUUUGAUUUAUUCAUAUCGGAUGGAGUAUCUCUAGUAAUAGGGCUAUGUAAUGUAAAAAUGGUCUCUCACUGUCCCAGUACAAACCUCCAUGAACAGAGGCAGCUACCUGCUUAGUUUGAAGGGAUUUUCUGACGUCGAGAGGUUAACGUUAAUCGAAUAUUUCAUUAUUAUUUAUGCACUGGAUUUCUUUUAUCGGUAUCGUCCUCGUUUAUCAGCAGCAGUUUAAUAGAUUUAAUAGAAAACGUUCAUUUAGGACCAAAGUAUAGUUUGCCAUUGUGAAUAAUUGCAUACGGUUUCUGCUUUCUCAUUGAUGUUUCGACCACAUGUUUGUCCUCUGCCUUGAAACAACAUUUUGUUUCAGAAGCGUUUAAGUGAACGAGCACUUCACUUCCAUGAUAAAAUAAAGAGUAUUUUCCAGUAGUUUUUCAAAGGAAAGAUGUGAUUAGUAUUAUAUAGUUUGUCUCGUAAUGCCUUGAACAUCUUUGUGUGAUUAUACAGAUAUGCAUGCAGACAAUAUAAGAGUUUAUAUCUUUAGCUGGCGGGAAUCUACGGACUCGAAAGUGCCGUCGAGCGAGGAAGCAUGUGGUCGGACGCGCGGUCUCGCAUCCUUCAAAUAAAGAUGACGAUACCGGCUAGCAUGUGCAGAAAUGUAAAAAAAAAUGAGGCUUUGAUAACCGGGGCUCAGAAACAGAGACGGCUGCUGUUGAAUACGGUUGUGUUUCUCUCUAACCACAAGAGGGCAGAAGUAUCUCAGAAAUCUCCAAACAUCUUACCUCUGUUUUCUAUUCAAGCAUUUCAGAUAUUUUGAUAAACUCAGUCUAUGAUAUUGACAGAUUUCAUGAAGGCUUUUUUUCUGGAUGAACGCACGAACGAACGAACGAACGUGUGUCUCUGGGGAAACGUGGACGUUUGUAGAACAUGAAAUGCAGCAGUGUGUCGACAAAUACUAAUCUGAAAGUAUAAAACACUGUUUUAAACGCGAUUAUUUAUGGAUACGACACGGUUGUUAAUAUUCCUCUUUCUGUUUGUUCGAGAAGGGUUUGAUUUCUUCCUGUUUCAGUCCCGUCUGCGUUUGUCUUUGACAGGCAUUUUUUUUCUUCUGGUUUUGUGUAUUAAGUUGUUUCAGCUGUAGGUCUAAUUUAUACUUUUUUAACAACACUAUUUUUAUAAACAUGACUGAUGAUAGAGUUUUCUCUCCUUAUCAACUGUCAGUAGUACACUGCGCUCUUCUGAGAAUCUAUAUUUACUCCUGUAGUAUGUGCUGUGAGAAUAAAAUAUCUUCAAAAAUGAA